AUGUCUGGAUAUGACCGAGCUCUUUCAGUCUUCAGCCCCGAUGGGCACGUCUUCCAGGUGGAAUACGCCAUGGAAGCCGUCAAGCGAGGAACCUGCGCCGUCGGAGUAAAAGGCAAGGACGUGGUCGUUCUCGGCUGCGAGAAGCGCUCCGCACUGAAGCUCCAAGAUACCCGCAUCACACCGUCCAAGAUCGCCAUGGUGGAUAACCACGCCGUCCUGGCUUUCGCCGGCCUGAACGCCGACGCCCGCAUCCUUAUCGACAAAGCCCGUCUAGAAGCUCAGUCCCACCGUCUGACCGUCGAAGACCCCGUCACUAUCGAAUACAUCACGAAGUACAUUGCCGGUGUGCAGCAGCGGUACACGCAGAGUGGUGGUGUUAGACCCUUCGGUAUCAGUACCCUGGUCGUGGGUUUCGACCCCAAUGAUAAGACGCCGAGGUUAUAUCAGACUGAGCCUUCGGGGAUUUAUUCCGCUUGGAAAGCAAAUGCCAUCGGACGCUCCAGCAAGACUGUGCGCGAGUUCCUCGAACGCAACCACCAGGAGGAUAUGGAUCGCGAACAGACCAUUCAGCUCACCAUCAAGUCGCUGUUGGAGGUGGUGCAGACUGGUGCGAAGAACAUCGAGGUGGCUAUCAUGUCGCCCGGAAAGUCGAUCGAGAUGCUCCCGGAUGACCAGAUCGAGUCGUACGUUAAAAGCAUAGAGACGGAGAAGCAGGAGGAGGCGGCUAAGAAGAAGACGGGUCGCGGCGGCACCACGACGGCUGCUAUUCUAACACGGCCUGGUGGCGGCGAGGGCAGCGAGAGCCGGGAGUAG